CCCGUGUCAAUUUUGUUUGACGAUCAAUAGCGAGACUUCAUAGAUAUGGCUAUUGCUGCCUAUGCAUCCUUGGUUUCUCUUACUCGUGUCCUAAAAAAUCUCCGCUAUCGCGCCAGCUUUAAUCUCCCUCAUUCAGACAUCAAACAAGUUGAAACACUACAGAAAAAUGUCGAGUUCCUGCUGGAAUAUGUUGAGCUUCAUUCAGAAAAUGAGAUCCACGAGCUCCGAGGUUUGUGGAGGCGAAUGGCUGAGGUUUCUGCUGAAGCAGAAGGUGCCAUCAAUUUCCAUGUAGUCAAUCUACUCCAUGAGAGAUCCCAAGGAGAAACAAAUGAUACUGCAGCCUUCUCAGCUUUCUGCGAAGAAAUGGAGACAAUAAUCGAAAAGCUUUGCUUAAUCAAAAAGGAGUUGCCGGUGAUUGAAGAAGAGGGGGACGAUGCUCAAGCUCGAACGAAACCAAGUGCUUACGUCCCCAAUGGCGGUUCACCUGUAGUUUCUUCAUAUGUCAGCAAUGUUGUUGUGGGAAUGGAUGAGCACGUGAUGAGGAUCAGGGAGAAGCUUUUCAGAGGUAGAUCGAAUCUCCAAAUCAUCACAAUUGUUGGCAUGGGUGGAAUUGGUAAGACUACUCUUGCUAAAAGUGUUUUUGAUGAUUCAUUUGUAGUUGACCACUUUGAUUUACGCUUGUGGUUUUCAAUAUCGCAAAAAUAUAGUGCUGAACAAAUCUUUAAAAUUGGUCUUCGAGAAAAGGCUGGAACAUAUAGUAGUUUAGAUGAGUUGGGUAAUAGAUUCUACAAAAACUUAUUUGGAAGAAGGUAUCUGAUAGUUAUGGAUGACAUGUGGACAACUGGAGCUUGGGAUGAGUUACGGAGGUAUUUUCCCGACAAUGAGAAUGGAAGUCGUGUUGUUUUGACAACUAGACUCUCAAGCAUCGCGGCUUCUUUGGGCUUUGGUGAUCCAUAUUUCCUCAACUUUUUAGGUGAAAAUGAAAGCUGGGAUUUAUUUUGUCAAAAUGCCUUUGCGCAAAAAGGUUGUCCAUUUAGCUAUUUAGAGAAAUGUGCAAAGGAUAUUGCACAGAGUUGCAGAGGUCUUCCUCUAGAAAUUGUUGUUGUCGGCCGUUUGCUUGCAAACUCUGAAAUGAGUACAAAAUAUUGGGAGCAUGUUCAAAAGAAUCUUAGUUCACUUGCUAAUGAGGAAGACAGUGAUCAUUGUAUGAAGAUACUAUCAUUAAGUUAUAAGAGCUUGCCAAUUCAUCUCAAAUCGUGUUUUUUGUAUAUGCGAGUUUUUCGUGAAGAUGAAUGGAUUAGUAUCAAACAGCUGAUUGACUCAUGGAUUGCUGAGGGAUUCAUUAAACCAGUAAGGGGCAAAAGUAUGGAAGAUGCUGGAAGGGAAAAUGUAAGAAACCUCAUUGAAAGAAACCUAUUAUUUUAUAGGAAUACAACUCAAUGUGGUAUACAUGAUCUUUUACGGGAUCUUUGUUUAAGAGAGUCUCAAGACGAAUGUUUUCUUCAGUUUCCAAGACAGCAAAGUGUUGAAAGAACUUUUGGAAGAAUAUUUAUCUGCAACCUUUGCUGUAAAGAUGUUAGCAGCAGCAAACUAAUAAAUGUUCUGAAACCAUGUUAUACUUUUGGAUUUUCACCAAAAGUUAAACCUUUGGUUUGUGAUGCUUGUAGAAUUUCUUUCUCACACCAUACAAGACCUACAUUUGUGGAUAUUGAAUGUUACAAUGGUGGUCGUAGCAAUGUACUUUUUCAGCCAAUAGAAUUGCGACAUAUUGAGCUUUUCGUGGAUAAGUUGUUGUCUCUUUCGACAUUACAGUUACUUUGGAAUGUUCAAAGUGUAAGAAUUUAUUCAAGUUCUUCACUUAUAGUUUUACCACAAGAGAUUUGGGAGAUGCCACAGCUCACUGAUUUUCAAUUUGAAAAUGGAGUGCUUUUACCUGAUCCUAUAGCUACUAAUACUGAAGGGAAAGGCUUCCUUGUGCUGAAUGACCUUCACACCAUAUCUCGAAUAUAUAAUCUCAAUUGUACCAAGGAAAUUAUUGAGCGAAUUCCGAAUUUGAAGAAAUUGAAUGUUCAUUAUAGGUCUGAAUCUGAGGAGGCCAUCCAACAGUCGAACUUUUCUCUAUGUAAUCUUGAGCAGCUGCGAAAACUUGAGUCCUUGUCGAUAAGCAAUUAUUUGGAAAAUAUAACCUUCCCUAAUACACUCAAACAGUUGUCACUGACAGAUUGUAGAUUGACAUGGGAAGAUAUGUCAAUGGUUGGUUCGUUGCCUUGUCUCGAAACACUUGAGAUAUGUGGUGGCAUACAAGGGUCGGAGUGGUAUCCUGUUGAAGGGGAAUUUCUUCGACUGAAAGAACUGGACAUCAGACAUACUCAUUUAGCAUGUUGGAAAGCAGAUACUGUGCACUUUCCGAUCCUUGAGCAGCUUCGACUUAAUGGAUUGAACUUAUUGGAAGAGAUCCCUUUCGGCAUUGGAGAUAUCCCUACAUUACAAUCAAUUUUGCUGCACAGAUGCAGUGAUUCUGCCAUUGAUUCUGCAAAGCAAAUAUGGGAGGAGCAAUACGAGGUUGGGAAUGAGAUUCAAAUUGAUGUCACUCAUGCACGCGGUGUCUCGUAUCAAAUUGGUAUUUUUAAUGCAAGACUGACGACGAUUUCUUGUGAAUCUUUUGUUUACUUGAAAUGUCUUCUGAAAAGACUGGAUGAGGUUGCUGACCGUGGCCGCAACUGUCUAACCUCGAAACAAAUGGAAGCUGUGGAGGAGGACAUACAUUUCUUGAAUGACUCUGUUAAAACUUUUCACCAAAUAAAAAGCCAAGAAAUUGUCGGUCGAUUAAGAGAUGUAAUAGGCCAUGCUGUCCACAAAGCCGGGGUUGUGAUCCACAGGCUGCGCUCGGAAACUUUGAUGCCUAUACUUGGCAAGAAUGUCCGCGAAGAUGUUGAAAGACUGUCUGAAAGCAUAGACAUCAUUAAAAGGCUGAUGCCAUCGGAUAAAAAUGAAGUGAACAAAGAUGACCAAGAAAGAUUCGAGAACCUUAAGAUCGACUCACACAGAUUCAUCAACACUUUCUGGCUUGACGAAAUGUCUUUUGCCGAUAAAGUUUUAAGAGAAUAUCAAAUUGGUUCUGUCACAGCAACAAUGACAGAGGCAGCUAGUUUAAUCUGGUCCGAUUUAGCAUGCAUCUUGGAGGUCCUCCAUAAUGCUUCUGAACUCGGCCGCCAUCAUUUAAACGCAAAGAAAAUGGAAACUGUUGAUGAUUACAUCCAUUUCAUGCGUGAUAUUGUUGAAAUUCAUCCCCAUAGUAGAAUUAAAGAAAUGGAGAGUUUGUCGGGGAUAAUAAGCCAUGCGAUGUUUGCAGCAGAGCGUAUGAAUUUGAAGCAUCUGUGGCGACAUUCUCUCGGCGACAUAAAUGGAGAAGACCUCUCAUCUUUCUCCCAGCAUGUGGAAAGUGUGACAGUAAUCAUAGGCAGCAUCAAGGAUAGACUUUCAGCUUCUAAAGAGAAAAGGGAAGAGGAUUCUGCUACCAGUGAUCCAUCCACAAGUUAGUUAAGUGUCGAACCAUGGAAGAAACUGACAUGAAAGGAAGUGGCUACCUUGUGGAGAGAACGGAUAUGUUGGAGAUUUUGUUUAUUAUUGAUGAAGUGUUUUGUAUGUGUAAAAAUAAUUGACUAUGUAAAUUUAAUAUGAAAUUGUAAUAGGACAUGAUGUAUAGGAAGAAAGACUUAGGUAUUCAUUUCUAAUGAAAUAUUGUA